GUUACCCUACUCGGCGAGCUUCUUCCGGUCUUCAAUUGUUGCGUGAGCGUGACAGAGGCCUAUACUGUUGUCCUGCGAUCGCUUAGCGAUGUAAUAGACGCGGGAGUUUUCCCUGGGCUCGUCGUCGACUCAACCACUUCAUGCCGUCGAACUCAGCAACAGGGUGGAUAUAAUGCCCCUGCCGAGGACGAUGCCACCUUCACCAGGCAGAACCAGGUGUAAGCUGCCUGUAUUGGUUUCUGCAAGCAACCUGCCCAAAGUUAUUGUGUUGGAUGAGGAGGUUAAGAGGGCUGUCAACACCUCAUUGGAAAGGUUUCACUGCAGUAAACGGAGAGAAAUGGAGUUUCCAUCUUCCCUGUUGAGCACUGAGAGGGCCUACAUCCACCGUUUGGUGGAGACCUGGGGAUACAUGUCCAAAAGCAAAGGGGAGGGACCAAGCCGUUUCCUUACUGUCUGGAAGAAGAACAGUUUGACAGCCCUCCAGUCUGCCAUGACAUUAAAAAUGUCUCCCAAUUCUGUGCAUACAUUAUGCCGCCUGCUCCAGAGAUAUCCCGUCAACAAUAAGGAUCGCGCCGACCUUCAAGUGACCUCAGAAUUUAGCCCAUCUGCUACAGCUGCAGAUGGAAGCCAGGGCAAGAAUAGAAGUGGCCGGGUAAACAAUGGCGUUCCACAGGUGCCCCUAAAAGCAGUUUCCUCUGCGCUGGACGACCAACAUGGCUCCCUUCCUUUACAUGCAUACCGGGAAAAGAUCCUCAGGCUAGUGAAGGAAAACAGCGUGGUUGUGGUGGUGGGAGAGACCGGCUCCGGGAAAACAACACAGAUCCCACAGUUUCUGCUCGAUGACUGCAGCAGAAAUGAGAUUCCUUGCAGGGUCUUCUGUGCACAGCCACGGCGGUUGGCUUCAAUUUCUGCGGCAGAGCGGGUUGCGGAAGAGCGUGGGGAAAAAGUUGGUCAGACUGUUGGCUACCAGAUCCGAUUAGAAAGCAGGUCUUCUCCUAUGACCCUGCUGACGUUCUGUACCAAUGAAGUACUGCUCAGGACUAUGAUGGCUGGAGACGACAUCCUGUCCACUGUAACGCAUGUGAUAGUGGAUGAGGUCCAUGAGCGGGAUGGACUCACAGACUUCCUGCUGACUAAGUUAAAGGAGCUGGUGCAGACGAUUCCCACAUUGAAGCUCAUUCUGUCCAGUGCUGCCUUAGAUAUCCAAGUCUUCACACGCUACUUCACCUCAUGCCAAGUCAUCAAUGUACAGAGGAGGAUGUUUGACGUUGAACAACUAUUCCUGGAGGACAUCAUCAAGUUGAUAAAUCAUCCAAGUGAAUGUGGGAUUAAUCCCAAUAAGAAGACUCAAGGAGAAGAUCCUCAAGGACAUGUGAAACAAUGGUGUGGGACCUUGGAUGAUGCUCCUCAGUUGGAAUGGCACAAUUCAGUGCCGGGUAAGAUUGUUGGCGUCAACAAAAUGGAUGCAAUUGAAGCAGCGAGUUUGGACCUCCAAAUUGAAGCCGAUGCCUGCAUUUCCAACAUCUAUUCAAACGAAGACCCCAGUGCCUUUCGCCAUCUGAUUAAUCUCAUCCUAAAUCAAAACCUUGGUGUAGACUACAAGCACGGCAAGAUGAGAACCACACCAUUGAUGAUCGCUGCUGGCCAGGGAUCUGUCAGACAGAUGGAGGAGCUGCUGGACCUAGGGGCCAGAAUACAUCUCACAGACUCCAACGGCUGGACAGCACUGGACUGGGCCAAGAACUACCAGCAGAAGAUGGCCGAAGAUCUGCUCAAGUCCUACAUGGGUGGCGAUCCGGAGUCAUUGAAGGAGCCCCGAAGGAAUAUGGAGCUCAGUGCUCAGGACCGGAACUACCUUCAGGAUUACCACUGCAGCUUUAAGAAUGACCAGAUCCAUCUGGACAUCAUUGUUGACCUGCUCCAUUACAUCUGCUCAAGCUCUGACGAUGGCGCAGUGCUCAUCUUCCUGACUGGGUAUGAUGAAAUCGUGGCACUCAGAGAUUGUAUUCUGCUUGAUGACAGGCGAUUUGCAGACAACCCUGAAAGGUACCAGCUAUUCACACUCCACUCAAAUAUGCAGCCACAGGACCAACAGAAGGCCAUGCAGAAAUCUCCAGAAGGUGUCCGCAAAUUGAUUCUUUCUACGAGUAUAGCUGAGACAAGCAUCACCAUUAAAGAUGUGGUCUUUGUCAUCGACUCAGGAAAAGUCAAAGAGAAAUUGUUUGGGUCCAUGGCACAAGUGAAUUGGAUAUCGAAGGCCAGUGUUCUACAAAGAAUGGGGAGGGCUGGGCGAUGCAAGCCUGGUAUGUACUUUGGCCUCUACAGCCAGGCCCAGUUUGAUAAUAUGACAGAAUUCCCGGUUCCGCAACUUAAAAGGAUGCCUAUGCAGGAACUAUGUCUCUACACUAAACUACUGGUUCCUGUUCACUGCUCUGUGGCCGAGUUCCUGUCCAAAGCACCAGAGCCGCCACACAUUCACAUCAUCAAUGAUGCUGUUCAGAUGCUAAAGAAUAUAGAGGCCAUGAACCCUUGUGAGGACCUGACCGACCUCGGUCACCAUCUGGCUGAUCUCUCCAUAGAUCCAUACCUUGGCAAGAUGGUGCUGUGUGCCAUAGUGCUCAAGUGCUUGGAUCCUGUCUUGACCAUCGCCUGCACACUGGCCAACAAUGAACCAUUCACACUUCCUACUCACGCCUCUCAGAAAAAGGCUGCUCUUCUCAGCAGAAAGUGGUUCGCUGCCAAUACCUUCAGUGACCACAUGGCUCUUUUGAGAACUUUUCAGGCAUGGCAGAAGGCCCGCACUGAUGGCUCGGAGCGAUCAUUCUGUGAGAAGAAUUUUCUGUCACAGGCAACCAUGGAGAUCAUCAUUAUGAUGCGAACACAACUGCUUGGACAACUCCGUGCAAUUGGUUUUGUUCGAGCGCGGGGCCGCAGUGACAUCCGUGAUGUGAACAUCAACUCUGAAAACUGGGCUAUUGUGAAGGCGGCCCUGCUAACUGGCACCUACCCCAAACUGGCAUACAUUAACAAAGGAAGCGGUUCCAUCUCUCGCAGUGGCCAGGCACAGAUUUCCUUCCAUUGGACUUCAGUUUUGAGUCAGCCACACUGCAAAAAGGAUCCAACAGCUCAUGGAGAAGCCCAGUCUGUACAGACGCUACCGACGGACUGGGUGAUUUAUGAUGAGCGGUUCCAGAUGGACAGAAGGCCAGCCAUCCGCUGCUGUUCUCUGGUGACUCCUGUCACCGUGGCCGUGUUCGGUGGCGGUGCCAAGCUGCCCAGCUCGGCGCUACAGACCACCAGAACUGCUGGUGGGCUGCAUGACAGCAGUGAUAGUGAGGCUGAUGAAGAGACUUCCAUACUGCAUCUCGCCAGGUUGAAAAUCAAUGAAUGGAUCGACUUCCAGCUGGAGAGUGAGACGGCAAAAUUGGUGUUCCAGCUCAGGCAAAAGUGGCACAGCAUGUUUCUCAGAAGAAUGCGAUGCCCAUCAAAACCCUUGUCCCAGCAAGAUGAGGCCACUAUCUGUGCCCUGGUGUCGGUCCUCACAGCAGAGGAACAAGCGUUGGGCCUGCCUCAGCCCACUGGUAUUGGUCAGCGCCCCUGGCCCAUGCUGUCUGAGGGGUCUCAGGAGGCACCCUCUUCGACGAGUAGCAGUACAACCGCCUUACCCAACCUAGGGGCCUCUCAGGCUCCUGUCUGUACUCCAGAUGCUGUCAUGCAGAAUAAAGAAGACGACAAAGAACGCAAGAUAACUGAAGAAUGUCACUGAAUCACUUUGGGAAUGAAUUGGCAAAGAUUUUUUUCAAAAUUGCAAUUUGAUAUAUCCACCGGAUAUUACUCCAAUAUCCGGUGGAAAUCUAUUUACUAUGUGAGAUAUAACUAAUACUUAAUGGUUGAUGACACUGUGACACAUUACUCUAAUUUGAUUACUAAAACAGUGCAGAUAUUUCUUUGGAUUUGGAAGCAGAAUUUUAACUGUACUUCUUAAAUAAUAACAUUGUUUUAACUUUGAUUAAGACUAAAAGGCAUCCUAUUUAGCCUGUUUUUAGUUCAAUACUUAUAACGUUUCUGCUGGAUAUUUUGUUGCGCUAUUUUCCUAGCCAAAAACUGUUUGAUAUUUUAAUGAAUAAUAAUAUACUUAAAUUUUUUUAACUUCUGGAUCUGUUUAUUAAUUGAUUUCUUCAAACACAAGUUUCUUAUUUGAACUAUUCAAACCUUUCAAAUUAGUUAACAAUAAAUCAUUGUUUCAC